GUGACUUUUAUCAUGCGGAAAUCGGCAAUGAAAAUGUGUUCUGCAUUUUUACUAUAACAUCAUUGCAAUAUGAAGACAUUUUGUCUCAAAUGCUGCAAAGUCAAGCAUUUAAGAUAUUUACCAUUCAUCUUUGUGGGUAUAUACAUAUUCCGACUAAUUCUUCAGGUUUUACAAGUCAGUGAUGAUAAUGGACAUUUUGAUCUUGACGGCUUUGUCAUUUGCAUAUCGAUAAUUGGUGGGGCAAUUUUCUUUCGAAUAGGUUUUUGCAUCAUAAUGUAUUUGCUGGUAAAGGCAUUCCCAGUGAGCUUCGAAAAUAGGAAGGGUAUAUAUAGUGGAAUAAGUUCUUUGCCACUUGAAACAAUCCUUCUMAAUAUCGACAAUGGUUUUCCGGCAGUUGAAGGCGUGCACUUGAUAAAAGAUGAGGUACUACKUUUCUUGGAGGAAAUUAAACUGCAGGUAGAAAGAGCAACCUCUUCCUCUAUUUCACUUUUCUUUGCAGGAAGCAUAGAAGAGAAAUUUGGAAUUCCUUAUUCCAGAAGGAAACAAUUCAAUCUUCCAUCACCAUUGAAUGCUUUGUACUCGGAUUAUGAUGUCAUGUUCUGUUCUGAAUCGUACAACGCUACAUUCAGUCAAAGUGGGAACAUUCUUAUAGAUCCCCUGUCUCCAACCAGUGGUUUCUCUCUUCCUGCUUUUGCCCAGAUAAUACCUUUAGAKUCUGAAUAUGCUGGAGACCAACCUCUAAAUUCAAUGGACUUCCUUAAGUCUSUAAAUGAGGCUGUUAAGCAUUCCAACGUUGACCAUCUUCCAGGACUCUGCACACUAGGAGUAUGCGGUACGACUGUAUUUUCUCGUAUUAGGGGACCCGCCAUUAAAAUUACAAGUUUGCCUGGUUCUGUGGCUGAAAAACUCACUUUGCCGCUCUUUGAAGGUGACAUUACAUUCUGUAUCAAGUGUCCAGAAUGGCCUCCCGUUAGUAACUGGCCAACCCGCACUAGUCGAAUGUGGCCAAACAAAGACGAUGUACAAAGGAUUUCUUCAAAUGGUAUUCAUUUGGUUGCAUUUCCGCUUUGCGUUAAUAAACACCAAAUACUACCRUCAUGGAGAUACUCAUUUUCCAUGGCAGAAGUCGAGCUUUCAAAACUGGUCCCAGCUUCGGCCAGGAAAUGCUUCUUAGCUCUUAAAAUAAUCCACAARGAUCAUCUAAAGCCAACCCUACCCGAACUGUCUUCCUACCACAUCAAGACUGUAUUCCUGAACACACUAGAAAAGAAACCAGAAAGCUUUUGGGUGGAUGACAACAUCGAAGAAUGCUUCCAAACUCUUCUACACGAACUUCAUCAUUGUCUAGAGACUGGAAAUUGUAAGCAUUACUGGUUUGAAGGUUUAAUAAACUUAUUCGGCYGGUUGAAAAGUGGCACUAUACAGAAAAGACUUUCUAUUGUUCUCAAAAAGAUGGAAUUGAUUUUAGAGGAUCCUGCUCCAUUUGUAUGUGACGACGGAUGUUGUUGUAUUUGCGCUUGCUGUAACUGCUGCUGCAAGGAAAAGCGAGCAAGAAAGGAAGACAUCAGUGUAGUGACCAAUGUCGAUAGUGAUUCUUCUGAUCCUAUUUUACAGCAACCAACAGAAGCCGCAAGUUAUGGAACGUUUCCCCAGGGACUGCAAGACAUUGUGUAACAUUUCAACAAUCCCUGUUCGAACGCUUAAAAACAAAAUCCUUAUAGAACUAUGACUUGACCCAAUAGACCUCUGAAGCUAUUAUACGUCAUGUGCCGUUUACGCAUUAUACAUUGUAGGAUAUUGGGACAAAACAUGGCGGAUUUCUUUUGUUUUCUCCACAAACUAAUCCCAUGAUACAUUGAAAAUCAAGUAGUGACGUAAAAGGUCCAGAAGUGUAUGUUUUUCUGAUAAUUUUGUUACAUGUCUUGCUCCUUAGAAAAUGUGGAAAAGUAAUCUCUACUAUACUGCUCGUGAGAAUGGCAAUUCGAUAAAAUGUUAAUUUGAUCCCUAUUCAUGCAAUUCCUAAUUUUUGUGCAGAGCCAAGUGAUAUUUCCAUAGAUUCACUGCAUGUUCUGAAGUCCCUAAAAAAAGCAGAGAAUCACUCUUAAAAGAGCUUCAUAAAUACACCUUUUCAGUUGCUCUUAGGCCUCAAUAGCAAGUUUUAACUAAAAUUAAUCUUUCGAAUUUGACAAAUGACACUAUUCAUAUCAAUGAUUGCAUUGCUCACAUUCCUACAAAUUCAAAAGAAUAUUUAACACGCUGUCGAGGCCUAAGAGCAACUGAAAAGGUGUAUUCCUAGCCCCUGCUCCUACUCGAUCCUGUUGUCUGUGCACGUUGUUAGCU